UUAUUUUGCGAUGGCUGUACCUAAGAUGGGAGCAAUGUGAUUUUGGUUCAAAAAUCAAGAUACACAGAUCUGCUGGGGAAAAUAUUCUACAGCAUGACAUAGGAAUGGCUUUUGUAGAAGACGACUACAGACUAUUUGAUGGCUACGAUAGCCUGGAGGACCGAUGCAGCAGCAGUGAUGGGAACUUCAUCACCGGGGAAUCGAGUGACGAGCACAUGGAAGAAGAGGAGCAGAGCCAGCACAAAGAUCUGGAGUUGGAGUCGAUAUCUGGAAUGACAAACGAUGACGAUGAGUUGUCCAUCAAUGAGAAAUUUGGAAUGGCUACCUGCGAGAUGUGCGGCAUUAAAGGAGAGCGGGAAGACUUCUUUUCCAAGACUAAAAGGUUCUGCAGUGUCUCUUGUUCUCGGAGCUACUCUUCCAACUCGAAGAAAGCCAGCAUCCUGGCCCGGUUACAGGGAAAGCCACCGACGAAGAAAGCAAAGGUGUUGAACAAAGCUUCCUGGGCAGCAAAACUGGGGGCAUUUCUGCAACGUCAUUCCGGAGGGCCAACAGCAAACAGCUCUCAGAAUGGCAGCUCCGGUGCUAGCCGAGGUUUUGAAUGGGGGAAGUAUAUUGAAGAGCAGAACUGCAAAGCUGCCCCUGUUAGCUGCUUCAAACAUGUUCCACUAUAUGACCAGUGGGAAGAUGUUGCAGAAGGCAUGAAAGUAGAAAUAUUAAAUCAUAACUGUAAUCUUCCUAACAAAGUCUACUGGAUAGCAACUGUUAUCAAAUUAGCAGGUUACAAGUCAUUACUGAGAUAUGAAGGAUUUGAAAAUAACUCGCGGCAAGACUUCUGGUACAAUCUUGGGAGUGCAGAUGUCCAUCCUAUUGGCUGGUGUGCAGCACUUGACAAACCUCUCGUACCACCUCAGGCUGUGCAAAACAAAACCACAGACUGGAAAGCCUAUCUUUUAAAGAAACUGAUUGGUUCUAAGACCCUCCCAGCUGACUUUCAUUUUAAGAUGGUAGAGAGCAUGAAGUACCCGUUCCGACCGGGGAUGCGGCUGGAGGUUGUCGAUAAGACGGAAAUUUCACGCACAAGGAAAGCGAUUGUGGAUCGAGUGGUAGGAGGACGUCUGCGGCUACUGUAUAUAGAUUGUGAGGAGGACGACGAUUUCUGGUGCCACAUGUGGAGUCCUCUCAUUCACCCGGUGGGAUGGUCCAGGAGAGUGGGUCACAAUGUGAAAUACGCAGAAGAAUCUCUUAACGGAGAGAUGAGCUCCUCAGCAGUCAGGAAAUUCUACUGUGAUGCUGUAUACCACCUCUUCAAAAAGGUACGAGCAGUUUACUCACACAAUGGUUGGUUUAAAGAAGGGAUGAAACUGGAAGCUAUUGAUCCACUGAAUUUAUCCACUAUUUGUGUUGCUACUGUUCGAAAGGUGCUGUUAGAUGGCUACCUGAUGAUUGGAAUUGAUGGCACUGAGGCUCCUGAUGGAUCAGACUGGUUCUGUUACCAUGCAUGUUCGUAUUCCAUCUUUCCUGUGGGAUUCUGCAAGAAGAACGACAUUGCAUUAGUGCCUCCGCAAGGUUAUGAGAAAAAUUUUGACUGGGAAACAUAUUUAAUAGAGACUGACUCUGUGGCAGCCCCUGCACAUCUCUUCAUUCGGGACAUUCCGUAUCAUGGUUUUGAACCUGGAAUGAAACUGGAGGCUGUUGAUCUGAUGGAGCCUCGCUUAAUCUGUGUGGCCACCAUCACACGAGUGGUGAACCGCUUGUUGAGGAUCCAUUUCGAUGGGUGGGAUGACGAGUAUGAUCAGUGGGUAGACUGCGAAUCACCUGAUGUGUAUCCAGUAGGCUGGUGUGAACUGACUGGUUACCAGCUCCAAGCACCUGUAGCACCAGCUCCUGAACAACCGGUGACUAAGUGGAAAGAAACCAACAAGGCAAAGAAGAAGACUUACAAGAGAAGAAGGAGGAAGGUGCUGCUGAUGAACCGUAGAAUGAAGGGCAAAGCAGGAGCAUUAUCCAAAAUAAAAGCAAAGGAAGAGCCAGCUGACGAUAAAAUCAUCGCAGUGCAAGUGAAAGAAGAAACCAUUGAGUUUCCAGCAUCGGUGGAUCCCAGCAUCAUGCUGCUCCCCCCUGAAAACCUCAAGCAGGAGCCAGAUGACUGACCCACUCUUGACACGGCGCUAGCGUGAAUUGGCCACCUCUGCACCUGUAAGUUUCUUCAUUUAGUGACUGCUGUUGGAGAACGAAGGCCCCAGCCUUGGAAACUGAGUUCGGUGAAGCAGGCUGGUUUAAACUGGCUAGGACUGGAUCCUCCUCCAAGUAUGUGCUGGGGCUCUUGUGAUACUAAUUCUGUGCUGUCAAAAAGGCUUAUGAUUUAUUAAUAAGAGUUCUGCAGUAAUAGGCUAGAAAUAUCAUAGCUGAAGUAAUUAUAUGAAAGUAUUUCAGAAGCUGGUCUGAGAGUGCUUUACAAAAAUAACAUCAGAAUAUUAUAAAAUUUAUUUUCAAUUGAUAUUACCACCCAUCGUGUUACAUUUAAGCACUUCUCCUAAUGCCAAGGCCCCUUUGCCCUCUAUCACACCCAAGUGGUCAUCCUUUGUAUGCAUGUGUAGAGAGCAGAUAGUUGUGAAUCAUUCAACUACUGACGUAACUAUAUCAAUCACUGUUUCUGCAUUGCACUGUUGAUGUGAUGUGUCUCUCAUGGUCAGCAGUAGGAACCAGCUUUUAAUUCCCUUGUGGAGUCCUUUAUUCAGAACCAGUUGAAAACCACCUCCGGUGGUUCCUAUAUUUGUCCUUGCUAAUUUCAGGUCUUUAGUCAAGACAGACAAUGAAACUGGGGGCUCUGUGGUCUGUGUAGUACAGUACUGUGAAUGUGAGAUCUGGCCACCUUCCCUCCCAUUAAAGUUCUCUGCCCUUUCUUUUUGGUUGGCCAUGUGGAUGCCAUCACUUACCAGAAGCUUGACUGCUUGGUGGCUUGUGAUGUGAAUUACAGCCAGCAACGGGCCUUGCAGUGGUCCUGCGACCUGAUCUGGAGUUGGGUGGCGGUGGGAUGCAGCGGCUCCGGCCUUUUUCUGUGGGAUGAUUCCAGGCAGGGACAUUUGGCUAACUGGAUCUCUUCUUUGCCUGUCUGGUGGAGACCAGACAUCAGCCUGUGAUCGGUGUGUCCCACAUGCCUCUGUUUCUUAUUGCAUAAACUUGCUGAUCUAUGAAUGGGAGAGAAGGGCUAGAAGUUUUUUUUUUCAAUCCUUGGGUGAGUUUUAACCAGAGCAGGAAAAGUCAGUGAGCAAGUAGAGAACUUGAACAAGAAUAUCAAGGCGUUGUGCAUGAAAUGAACCUGGCGUUACCCAGAACAACCUUUCAAAGAGCCACUCAGUGUGAAUGUCUCCAAGGAUCUAAGUACAUAGCUGGGGCUGAUGCUUGAUUGCAAUGCUGAGUGGUUCUAGUCAAUCAGAUGAGGCAUACUACUGAAGUUCUAUCAGCCAUCCGUUGCACGUGAAAGAUCAAAUGGACCUACUUCAGUGUAGAGUACGAGAAUUCUCUCUGGUCAAAUUUAAUCCCUUGAUCAAAUUUAUGUAGCCUUUCUUUACACCGCUGUUUCUGGGAACAAAUUGGCACUUGCAUUGCCUACGUUGACACCACUGUACAAGAAGGUAAUUUUCAUCAGUUGUAAAGCUCUCCCUUGUAGGGUUCUCAGGGGUGUGCAAUGGAAAUGCAGUUUUUUAUGCAGGGUGAAGGAAGAAAAUUUGUGUGUAUUGAGGGGGAGCUCAGUCUUUGAAGUGUGUGGGUUCCAUAUCAUUCCAAAAUUUGGCUUAGAAUUGAAGAUAUGUCAUUCAUUUGGUGAUGUACUCAGUGUUUUUAGCUGGUUUACUGUAUUCCAAAGCUGUGUGACUCAUUAAUUCUUUCAUUCAGUGUAAAGCUGGCACCCAAGCCUGAUGUGAAAUUACUGAUCUUCAAGCAUCUUAAAUUGGGUUAAGUGCCAUUUUUAUAAAGAGAACCGUGACACGAGCCGAACACCGUAUUAUGGGAACAAACCAUCAUCUUAGUAAUCUGACGACUUGAAAUGCUCUUUCCAAGCAUCCGUAGAAUCUCACAUCAGUUUUCUGCACUGACCUGUCCAGUUUUCACCCUAAAUUUCAGUCUUCUCCCCAUUAUAUGUAUAUACAAUUGUCUUUGAAUGUUCCAGUGGAACUUGAUUUCCACCAUCUCUUCAAGAGUUGUAUGUCUGAUGAGAAUAAUUUUUUGCAAAAUAAUUUCUCUAGUUCUUCCAUUUAUUUUAACAAUACCUAUUAUCAGCCUGCGAGUUGAAUGAACCAGCAUAUACUGUAUGACUGAGCAAAUGGUCUAUAAUACAGCCAACAAAGUCAUUUUAUUCAAAAAGCAAAUGAAAAAUUAAUUACAAAUGCUGGAAGUCUAGGAUUUAAAAACAGGAAGUGCUGGAAACUCAGCACCUGUGGAAAGUGAACUGGUUAGUAUUUCAGAUCCAGGACUUUUAAAGCAGGGGAAGCAAGCCUCAGUUUCAAGACCCUUUGUUUUAACCUGAGAUUUUACUCUGCUCCUCUUUCCACUUUUUUGCAGACUGAUCUGCUGAAGGCUUCUAACAUCUUCUGUGUUUUUUUUCCCGAAAGGCAGCCUCUUUAAAUAGGAGUAAUGCCAAACCUCUCCCUACUACUGGCAGAUUCAUUUACCCAGGAAAACAGUGAGUGAAGGAUAGUUGCAUAUAAAUAACAUGCAUAAAGCAACUUAAGUACUUGGAGCAAAUCUGACUAGAGUUUUAAAGACCUAGAGCACUGGAAAAGGCUGUUCAGCCCACUGCUAAUCAUCGAUCACCCAUUUACCCUCAUUCACGUAGCAGGGUGAUCAACUGAAUAUCUCAGCUCUACCUGCUGUAGAACCUCUCAGAUGUUCAGCAUUCCCAGCAAUUUGUUUUCAUUUCAGUGUUUCAAAGUUACUUUAUUUCAGGUAACGAGCCUGCUUCUCCCAACCACAAAUCGUUUAGGCCAAUAACUUUUUUUUUAACUUGUUCUGUUGUUGAGCCCACUCCUUUCAUCUUGUGCUAAUCAUCCCCUCUCAAUAACCGUCCUAUCGCAAGCUUUUGCUUUUGUUCUAAGCUUGUUCUAAGCCCCCCCCCCCCACCCUCCUGUUUCUCUAACAUUUCCCAGCUCUAGUGUAAAGUCAUCAAUCCAAGUAGCAAUCACUGCUUCUCUCUUCCUUGGUGCUGACUUUUUAGCGACCUCGGUGCAACGCCUUCACUUUGGGCACGGCACCCAGUGAGGUUCUGCUGCGUUGGUCCUCCUUGCAUUUGUAAUUGAAUCAUGCAGCAGUUGGCUGAUGCAGAGAUGCAGCUGCUAAAGCUGCCAUCUCACAAUUCCAGUGACUCAGUACACAGAAACCGUAAAGCACCCAUUCACACUAAUCUUACACUUUCUGCUCUCCCCACGUUCCCAUCAGUUCCCUUCCAGAUUUCACCUGUGGCAAUUUACAGCAACCAAUUAAACAAUCUCCCUGCAUGUCAUUCAGAUGUUGGGGGGAGGUGGAACCCAUGCAGUCUCGUGGAGAACAUUCAAACUCCACACAGACAGCAUGCAGGUUCAGGAGUGAAUUCGGGUUGUUGAACUAUGAGGUAAUGGCUCUUCUGGCUGAGCCUUUUCUAUUAAAAUAAUUCACUAUGGCAAAAAAGGUAUCUGUGAACACAGGGUUCUGAACUGUUUUGCCAAGUGAAAUCUUUAUUUAUAUUCAUCAUGCCAUGAGUAUUUAUUGCUGUCCAGGGAUGAAAUUUCAAGUGUUGUGUAAUUUUUGUUUCAGAAGGUACACUUUUGAGGAGUGCUCCACUCCAAAGACCUUGACAAAAUAUUUUUUAUUUCAACUUGGGUAAGGAGUUGGUGUGCUGAUGAUGUAUUGAUGCAAGUUUUAUGUCAGUAUACCAUUUUCAUUCCUCCAACAACCAUAUCGUUAGGUAAAGCAAAGUGCUGGAAAUUCUCAGCAGUUCAGACAGCAUCUGUGGGAAAGAAGUUCUUUCUCUUGUCACAAUUGCUGAAUAUUUCUGGCACUUUGAUUUAUUCUCACCUUUCUCAGAUCUGCGCUGUUUUUGUUUUCAGCUCAUCUUAAUGUCCUGGCAAGGGACUUUAUGCAUGAUUGGAGUUUCUCACACGGAAGCCAAACAAACUGUACCACAGCCUCAAAGCAACUUGGAUGGUUUACGUGAGGAUUGAGGGAUGCUUGGAAAUAUUUUUGGUCUAUAGAGUCAGAGAUUAUCUUGAAACACGAUGAAUUAAAAGGUCGAGAGUAGAAGCAAUUGGAUGUGCAAUGUAAUGAAAUAGACCAGAAUUAAAUCCUUGCCUCCAGAAAAUAGACCAGACAUUUUUUUUUUGGUGGGGGGGGGGGAUUCAUCAGUGUUUAAUAUGUAGAUAAACUAGUACAAUCAGUGUUGAUCAUUGGAGCUAGAAUGCUGUGUUGAUUGCUUGGCUCUCUCACACCCUUUAAGUGAAUACCAGUGGUGGUGCAUUAUGUGCUUUUAAUCGUGAUUCUUAACAUUUUACCAAGUCUUUUUCUGCUAGAUUCCCCUGAAAUCAUGUUCAAUUUGUUGCCUGGAAUUGUCUUGUAUGUAUCAUGUUAGCUAAAGUUCUGAAAUGUAUUCUUUAAAUGUGUGUAAUAAGAUGAAGCUUUUUCUGUGAAAGCUUGCACACUUUUUAUAAAUGAAGUAAUGUAAACAGAUGCAGAUGAACACAAGUUUUCUGCACAUUGUGCCUAAUAACUUAAGGGACCCCUUGGUAAUCCUGCACCUCACAAUGAAUAAUUUUCAGAUUUUGUCGUAUUGGUAGUAAUUCAUUUAACAACCACACAAGAUUAACAAGAUUCAGCAAUCUUCUUUCUUUUCUUUUUCAAUCUUUUUAUUGAAUUUCAUAUAUAAAGAAAACAUAACAUAAUAGUGAAUAGGUUAUAAGUGCAAUAGACUUGAGAUUACAUUAAUAAUAAGAUAACAAUAUCCUAUUAAAUAUCAACAUAAAAAUAGUAUAUUAAUCAAUCAAGUCUAUAAUAUUUAUAUAUGAAAAAAAUAAAAAUAAUCAUCAAAAGAAGAAAAAUUUUUUUAAAAAUACAAGAAAAAAUAUAUAUUGGAAAAAAAGCAAUCUGUGUGAAUGGACGAAUUGGUAGCUAUUGCCUUUUUAUCUCCCCCAUCUCCAUCUUGCUCCAUACUUUACCAAUGCGCUUCUGGUGUGACUGUGUGGAUUUCUUGUGAAGUUACAAUUGAAAGUGGGCCACUGGAAAGUCAUAGAAUAAAAGUGGUUCCCUUCUUUGAAAUGCCCCCUCCAUCAGAGAUGCUGCCCCCAGGUUGCUGGAUACAAUUUCAUGAGGUGUAUUUUACCACUCUGUUCACAGUAUGCUUCAGAAAUCAGGUUGCAAUUAUUGUUCAGUAGUUUAUUUGGUUAUUUAAUUAUCUGAUGUGAUGUACUAGACAAAUUCAACUGUAUUAGCAAUCUCAUUGCUGAGUCAAAAUCGAGUGGUCAGGGCACAUUCCAUGAAUCUGAUCUUGUAAACCUACCUUGUGCUCCAGUGGAGUGGAAAUGUGAGGCUGUGCCCUUGGAGGUCCUAUUUUUCAGAUGAGUCAAUGAAUAAAGGUGCUAUCUGCACCCAUGGUUGCGUGUAAGGAUUUGGAAGAACUGGUAUCUGUUCCAAAACACAUCGCAACUUUGUUGGAAAAUCACUGGAGAAAUAUCUACAGUUUUAUAUACUUCAAACACAGGUAUACAAACUACUAUUUUAUACUUGUAAUUUUGUCAGGGCGUGUUGCUGUUCUCUCAAAGUCAAUAGAUUUUCUAUCUGUACUACAAUAUGUCAAUUUUACUGAUCUGUAAAGAUAUAAAUCACUGUAAUGAAUUUUAUUCAAGACAAUAAACCCACAUAGUUUUAAAGCAA